AGCGCAGGGAUAGAGAGAGACAGGCAGCUGGCUGGAGGCUGGCCCGAGACAUGAAGCUCCACAGGGAACCGUCCCCACUGCUGAUCCCAUUGACGCUGCUGGUGACCGUCUGGCACCCGGGGACAUGUCUGGGGCAUGUCAGCUACACCCCCCAGCUCUCCAGCAGCGCCCUGGAGGGUAAGCUCACGCAGUCCACCUUCGCGCUGGAGCAGCCCCUGGGCCAGUUCGACAAGCUCAACAUCUCUGACUCUGACCCCAUCUGGCUGGUGGUGGCCAACAGCAACGCUAUUCGGAAGUUUGUCGCCCCGAAGAAGGUAGAGGACAUGCCUGCCCCUGACAGCUUAGCGCAGCGCGGCUACUACUUCACGCUGCGGGCCACCCGGGCCCACUAUCAGGGUGACCAGACUGGCAGGCAGCUGCGUGUCCUCCGCGUUGGCAACGACACCGCCUGCCCGCCAGAGUCCCAGAACUGCAACACCCCUCUGCCCAGCUCCGGCCCGUACAGGGUGAAAUUUCUAGUGAUGAACUCCAAGGGACCUGUAGCUGAGACGGAGUGGUCCAAGGACAUUGACCUGCUGCAAGCCCAGGAAUUCCAACAUGCCCCGGGAUCCCAGAGCGCUGGUACGGUGGUCAUCAUUGCCUUCCAGUCCAUCAUGCUGGCCAUCCUGCUUGCGGUCUUUGUUGUCCUGGUCAUCUCUCCCUGCUUCCAUAGCUUCAGGAAUGUUCCCAUCUCCAGCCCGAGUGAGCAGGUGCAUAUGAGGCAAUACAGCACCCACCACAUGGACAGCCCUCCAGGCUUGGAGAGCUCCUGAGUGACUCCAGGGGACCCCCCCAGCUGCCAGCAGUCUCUGGGUUAAGUUAAAGAGCCUGAGCUCAUGCUUGCCUGGAAGUUGCUAGAACUCCAAAAGAGAUUGUUCUAGCCCAAAGCUUGGACCAAUCCUCACGAGAAAUAAAUGUGCCUGUCAUGUC